CCCGGCCGUCUUGUAAUGGGACACCGCUAAAUGAUGCUAAGAGCACUCUAGCCCAGUCAUGGCCUGUUGCACCUGACUCGCUCCUUACUGCCGUCCAUGCUCUCUCCUGGUUUGUAGCUUGUCUUCUACGGGCUCAUUUAUGACACUAUUAGAAGCAUCGGCUGCAAGCCUACUGGACCUCCUCACGCUAAAUCUAAUUACCGUAUUCCUUGAGCCUAACUUUGGCAUUCUCUUCAAUAUUGUGUUCAUUAUUCUUGAUGUAUAAUAUAUUAUAGUAGAGGAGGUUGGGGCACACAGGAACUACACCCUGCCUCUGCUUGCUAACGCUAUCAUCCACAACUGAUACUCAAGCAUGUAAAUUGCACAGUGAGAUCUCUCCUAAAGAUGUUUCCACAACCAGGGAAAUCGAUUGUGUUUGACAACUUUCCAGAUCCAACUGACGUCUGGGACAUCAUCGAGACAAUUGGGAAAGGGACCUACGGAAAAGUCUACAAGGUGCUCAACAAACUUGAUGGAAGUAAAGCAGCUGUAAAGAUCCUUGAUCCAAUCCAUGAUAUCGAUGAGGAGAUCGAAGCAGAGUACAACAUCCUCAAAGCUCUUUCUGACCACACCAAUGUUGUCAAAUUCUACGGGAUGUACUACAAGAAAGAUGUGAAAUGCGGAGACCAGUUGUGGCUUGUCCUGGAGCUCUGUAAUGGUGGCUCUGUGACAGAUCUGGCUAAAGGCAUGCUGAAGAGAGGAGACCGAAUGGAUGAAGCCAUUAUUGCCUACAUCUUGCAUGAGGCCCUCAUGGGCCUCCAGCACCUGCACGUCAACAAAACCAUCCACCGCGACGUUAAAGGCAAUAACAUUCUGCUGACGACACAUGCAGGGGUCAAACUCGUGGAUUUCGGUGUUUCAGCCCAGCUGACAAAUACCCGUCUGAGGAGGAACACCUCUGUGGGAACUCCCUUCUGGAUGGCUCCGGAGGUAAUAGCAUGUGAGCAGCAGCUGGACUCAACCUACGAUGCUCGUUGUGAUGUCUGGUCACUCGGCAUCACCGCCAUAGAGCUGGGAGAUGGAGACCCACCCCUCUCCGAACUUCACCCAAUGAGAGCCCUUUUCAAAAUACCCAGAAACCCUCCACCUACUCUCCACCAGCCAGAGCUCUGGUCAGACGAAUUUAAUGACUUCAUCUGCAAAUGUCUGAUUAAGGACUUUGAGCUGAGACCAAAUGUGCUAGACCUGCUCCAGCAUGUGUUCAUCAAACAGAUUGUUGACAGAGAGAAAAUACUGCAGAAACAACUGAUUGAACUCAUUGAUCUCAACCAACAAAUCGGAGUCGUUGAUAAAACAAGCCAUCAUGGAAAGACAGACAGGAGCACAGACAGUAAUGACAGUUCUAGGCAUGAACGCAUCCACACUAAAAGAGGAGGCCACAUGAAGACACAGACUGACCCCGAUGAGGUGGAGGACCUCGCCACCCUAGAAGUUCUGGAUGAGAACACGGUCACAGAGCAGCUCCAGACUCGCUAUGGACAAGAUCAAAUCUACACGUAUGUUGGAGACAUCCUCAUCGCAGUCAAUCCUUUCCAUAAGAUGGAGAUUUACACACCCCAGUACUCCAAGAUGUACAUAGGGGCUAAGCGUACAGUUAACCCACCACACAUCUUUGCUGUGGCCGAUAUCGCCUACCAGUCCAUGGUGUCGUACAAUGCAGACCAGUGUGUUGUGAUCAGUGGGGAAAGUGGAGCUGGGAAAACAGAGAGUGCUCAUCUGUUGGUACAGCAGCUGACAGUGCUUGGCAAGGCCAAUAAUCAGACGCUCCAGGAGAAGAUCCUUCUUGUUAACAGCCUGGUGGAAGCAUUUGGAAACGCCUGCACCGUCAUCAACGACAACUCCAGCCGCUUUGGAAAGUACCUGGAGAUGAAGUUCACCUGCGGCGGAACAGUGGUCGGAGCGCAGAUAUCCGAGUACCUGCUGGAGAAAUCCAGGGUCAUCCACCAGGCAGUAGGGGAGAGGAACUUCCACAUCUUCUACUACAUUUAUGCUGGCCUGGCUGACAGGAAGAAACUAGCCCACUACAAGCUCUCUGACAGCAAAACACCUAAGUAUCUUUGUAAUGAGCACAUUAAAUUAGGGCCUGACAUAGUGAGCAACACCUUCUACAAGGAGCAGUUUGAUGCAGUCGAGCAGUGUUUCAAAGUCAUCGGAUUCACCCUGGAGGAGCUGGGCAGUGUUUACAGCACUUUGGCUGCCAUCCUCAACUCCGGGGAUAUUGAGUUUUCUCCGGUUGCCUCUGAGCACCAAACAGACAAGAGCAACAUCUCCAACAUUUCUGUCUUGGAGAACGUGGCAUCACUGCUGUGUAUCCGCUCAGACGAGCUCCAGGAAGCCCUGACCUCCCACUGUGUUGUGGCCCGAGGAGAAACCAUCGUCAGGACCAACACGGUGGAAAAGGCAGCGGAGGUGAGAGACGCCAUGGGCAAGGCCCUCUACGGCCGCCUCUUCAGCUGGAUUGUCAACAGAAUCAACGCGCUGCUGCGGCCCGACAGCCACCCGGGAGAGGACAACAAGGGCUUUAACAUCGGAAUCCUGGACAUCUUUGGUUUUGAGAACUUCAAGAAGAACUCUUUUGAGCAGCUCUGCAUCAACAUCGCCAACGAGCAGAUCCAGUUUUACUUCAACCAGCACAUAUUCGCUUGGGAACAGGAUGAGUACCUGAAUGAGGAGGUGGAUGCUCGGAUGAUUGAGUACGAGGACAACCGGCCCCUCUUGGACUUGUUCUUGCAGAAGCCCAUGGGUAUGCUCUCACUCCUGGAUGAGGAGAGCCGCUUCCCCCAGGCCACCGACCAGACCCUUGUAGAGAAAUUUGAAGAUAACCUGAAGACCAAAAGCUUCUGGAGACCAAAGAGAGUGGACCUUGGCUUUGGUAUUCACCACUAUGCUGGAAAGGUGAUUUACAAUGCUGCCGGCUUCUUGGCCAAGAACAGGGACACGCUACCGGCCGACAUCGUCCUGCUGCUGAGGUCGUCAGAAAACGAGCUUGUUCGCAAGCUUGUCACCCAUCCCUUAACCAAAACAGGUAACCUUGCCCACACCAAGGGUAAAGGCAAAAACACAAUGCGCAGCCCGCGGACCCCGACACGCACCAUCACCUUCGCCAAGAUGGGAGUGCUAACCUUGUACAGUAAUUUUUCUUUCAGUGAGCCAGGUGAACCUGCAGACACGCCUUACCACCCGAGAGAAACCACCAACAUGAGAACCCAGACAGUGGCCUCUUACUUCAGAUACUCUCUGAUGGACCUGCUGUCCAAGAUGGUGGCAGGGCAGCCUCACUUUGUUCGCUGUAUCAAACCAAACAACGAUCGCCAGGCCAGUAAGUUUGACCGGGAGAAGGUCCUGGUUCAGCUGCGAUACACUGGAGUUCUGGAGACAGCCAAGAUCAGACGGCAGGGCUACUCUCACCGCAUCCUGUUUGCUAACUUCAUGAAGAGGUAUUACAUAUUGGCUUUCCAUGCUCACGAGGAGCCAGCUGUGACUCAAGAAACAUGUGGCGCAGUACUGGAGAAGGCCAAGCUGGAGAACUGGGCAAUGGGGAAAACUAAGGUGUUCCUCAAGUACUACCAUGUUGAACAUCUGAACCUGAUGGUGCAGCAGGCCACACAGCGGAUCAUUCUGCUCCAGGCUUACGUGCGAGGCUGGCUCGGAGCCAAACGAUACCGGCUGAUUUUAAAAGAGAGAGAACAGAGUGCUCUGGUGCUGCAGUCAGCUUACAGAGGCCAUAAAGUUCGGAAGAGGGUGGCCAAUGACAAAAGCAAAGCAAAGUUUGAGGCCUUGAUCGGCCAGUUUCAGGCUGUUUGCAAGGGCCAUCUGGCAAGAAAGAAAUACAAGGAGUUGGUAGAGGAGAAGAACAAAGCUGCAACCAAGAUUCAGGCUCGCUACAGAGGGCACAAGGAAAGGAAAAGCUUCAAAAGAAAACGAGAAGCCAAAGAAAAGGAGCAAGCACAGAAGGCCCUUAAAGAAAAAGAGGAAGAGACUCCCAAGCCAGAGGAGAUCACCAAUGGAGAAAGUUCCUCCGCUGCCGCAGUCGAAGCGAAUAACGAGGAAGAUGAAACAAAAGCUGCCGUUGUUCUCCAGAGCAACUUCAGGGGCUACAAAGAGAGAAAAAAGUUUAAGGAGAGAAAAAAAACGAUGGCCGGGGCCGAAUUAGAGUUACCACCGAAUGCAGUGGUGAAACAAGAAGGUGGACAAGAGCCGACCAGCAAAGAAGAAGGGGUAAAAACAGCUGAUAAAACGGAGAAUGACGACGACGAAGAAAGCACGUAUGAAGCAGAGGAGAAUGAUGACAGUGAUCACACUCAGGUGCCAGACGAUGAGGACCACACAGAAGUGGCAGACGAAUUGAUUGAGGAUGCACUGGCAAUAGAUGCUGGACAGGACAAGAAGGAGGAGAACGGUCAAGAAAUGGCUGCAGGGGAAGAGGCUGUUAACAUAGAAGAAGAAACCAAGGCUGCCACUGUCCUCCAGAGUAAUUUCAGAGGUCACAAAGAGAGGAAGAGGUUGCAGGACGAAGGCAAGAUCCCAGCUAAGAAACAGAAAGCAAAAAGUCCUUCUGGUGAAGAGGCAGUGCCUACAGUAAGCAGCCCUACGGGUGAGGAAAUGGUUCCCGCAGGUCAAACGCCAGCAGAGGAAGUUGGCUACGUAGCGACAGAAAAAGAAGAAUCACCAAAAGCUCAAGAUUCAGCAGAUGUUUCUUCAAGUGAUGUCCAGUCAGAGGGCCAAGACCAGGCCAAAGCAGCUGUGGUGCUUCAGAGCAACUUCCGUGGCCACAAGGAGCGCAAACGACUCGAAGAGGAAGGAAAGAUCCCGAAGAAGAAAAGGAAGGAAAAAGAAAUUACACCCAAACCUCCAAAAGAAGAAGAAGAACAGGUAACACAGACAGAAGAAUUAGGGCCAGAAUCCCAGCCGAAUGCUGCUGCGGAGGGACUGGACGAGGAAAAAGCUGCUACUGUCCUUCAGAGUAACUUCAGAGGCCACCGGGACCGGAAGAAACUGAAAGCAGAGAGGGAAACCCAAAACAAAACAAAGGAAGAAGCUGCCAAUGAUGCAGAAGAGGAAACUAAAGAGGUGGAAGAGGCCCUGGAGGUUACUGAUGUGAUGAUAGAACGUAAAGAGGAGACAGAUGCUGAAAAAGAAAGACUGGAAGAGGAGCAGGCUGCAGUGAAGAUUCAGAGCAACUUCAGAGGGUACAAGGACAGGAAGAACCUGAAGGCCAACAAGCAAACAGCACAGACAGAAGCUGCGCAACUAGAGAGCUUCUCCAAAGAGAUCACAAACACUUCUCAGGACUUCUUGGCGCUGCAGCACAAGUUGAAUGAGAUCAUCCAGGCCCAUCAAUCAAACCCUGAGGACAAUGGCAUGUUUGUGAGAGGAAAAGCAAUCAAUGGCUUUGUGCCUCAGAAUCACCAAUCAACUGACAAGAGGCAGCUGAGGACCCCCCGCAGGACCCAGCAGCCAAAGACCCUCAACACGCUAGAGGACUCUACGUAUUACAACUUGAUUCAUCGAACAAUAGCUCAGCGCAAAAUAGCUCUUUUUGCAGCGUUUCAGCGGUCUGUCCAGGAUGAUAAACGCAAGCCCAGGAAAGAGGAUCCAGGGAAGCUGCUGGAUGUGGAUGACCACUACUACCGGGAACUGUCCACCAGCAGGUCUGAACCCUGCAUCUCCACAGAGGACACGUCACCCAGCAGCAUGCCUGAGAGAAGGCAGUCUACAGAGCUGACACCAGCAGCCGCCAGUAGACAGACCAGAGAGAGGGCCGUCACUGAACCAGAGCCUCCCAAACCUUUCAGGGACAACAGGCGCUCAGUUCCCAGAAUGCCCUCCACUGAGAGUCGGACUGAGGACAAUCCGUAUGACUUCAGACAUAUUCUGAGGAAGACCUCCCAGAGACGAAGGCUCAUCAAACACUACAAAUGACUGAACCGUUUUAGCCAUCUGGCAAAUAAUCUGUGUCAAUGUAUUAUCAUAUAUCAUGCUAUGUGAUGUACAAGUAUUUUAAUUCAUUACAGCUUCUUGAAAGAACCUUGAGGAAAAUGAAAAGCACUGACUGCAUUGAUUAUAAUUAUGAUCACUAUCAGUCUAAUGAAUCUAAAUGCAGCAUAGACAGUAUAAGGGUACAUGUAAAUAAUAAAAUGCUAUACCUUUAAUACUGUAACUGAAGGUUUUGUUUAUGUAAUUUGUAAAUUAGACAUUGCUACAUUUGCUCAUUUUACUGCAUCAAUUUUCCCUUCUGGGCAAAUAUUGUGUUUGAGGUUGUCCAUAUCCAUUUAACCAUCAAAUAGAAUUGUAAAAUAUAUAUAUAGAUCUUGUAAAUACAAAAGCCAUCAUUACUUUGCAUUUUAAUCCAUUUUGAAAGAUGUAUCUUUUGGAAAAAAGCUGCUUUGGUGUUGUUAUGUUGUAAAUGCUGUUAUCUCUGUUUUGUUCAUUUAAAUGUAACAUAUAUCAAAUUCCUUGUGAUGUUC